GUUUCCGUUUGGCGUGGUGUGUUCUUUGGGAACUGGAUCUUAAUCCACUCCGGGUUUUCACGACGCUCCCACUUUAUCCGUAAAGCUAUGUGUUUUCUGUGUGAGAGACGCCGACUCUUGUUUGGAGCAGCGAUUCUACGGAGGGGCUGAGACCCGCAAGAGCCUGCGCUAACCGAGGGCGAGUCUGAACCAUUUCAUCCUCUGGAUUUUACGCGCAACAGGACUAUUUUUCUUUUUUCUUCUUUUUCCUCUGCGUUUUUUUUUUACGUUGGUGUGGGGAGAAGAGCAAAAAAAAGAAGAAUCACUCGUAAAAGGCAACUGCGUGGCCACAUUCUCCCUCCCACCCCAGCCGAGGUCGUCUAGCUGGAGAUCCAUUCUCUUGCGUGGCACAAGUCUGGUAUUUUCUUUCAGCUGCAAACCCAGACUGACGAAGGGGAUCAGUCCAAGAGGAGCAAAAGGGAGAAAUUUGGUUUUCAAACCGAGCCGGGACUGCUCUGCGGGGAUCUUACUAUAUUGCUGGAUGGCAUAGGCGAAAACGGAGGGUUUUCAUUCAUUUUUCAGCCCCUCUCAGCCACCACCCCUGUGGAUCUGUCCGUGUGUGUGUGUGUUUUUUUUUUCACCCUCCUCCUCAUCAUUCAGCCUUGUUCACGAGUGGAAUGCUGUGAACUAUUUAUGGGGCUGCUUGUGGAAUUAUAAAUUACGAAAAAGAAAAAAAAGAUCUAGGCAGACUUGUGUUUUUAUUGUCCACGCUAGGCCUUAACACACUGGAGGCGCACUGCUGUUUUUAAGAGAUGGAGAAUGAAGAUGGGGAUUACCAUCAUUUAUCCAGGAAAAUCACUGGCCCGUGUGCCACACCAGCCAAAGUGUACAGUGAUCGGCAAAAAUAGCAGACUGCAUUUUUGGGAUUUUUCUUUUCGAUCAAAAACGCCUCCCCUCUCCAAUCAAAUCGCAUUUAUUUAUAUUUUUAAGUAGAGCUACAUAACAAAAAAGCACACAUUUGUUGGCUGCUAAAGAGUAGCCUUUCGUGCUGCAGACAUUUAUUAUUCCUUUUUAUUUUUAUUUUUUUCAAUUCCUGUUUUAUUUUUUUUUAAUGUGCAGGAUCUCUUGCGAGGGGUGGACGUGUACGAACCUGCUAUUUUAUUUAUUUAUUUUUUUUUCUUUUUGCGUUUUUCGAAAGGAAAAUAAUGAACGUGGGAGCAGAAACAUCGAUGGGUAGCCUGACCUUGUUUUGGGGUUUGCUGCUGUUUUUUUCUUCUGUCUGCGUGCGAUCCACUCAUGGAGAGAUCUGUAGCCCGAGUAUUGACAUCCGGAAUUACAUAAGUGAAUUCCAGGCUCUUGAGAACUGCACAGUGUUGGAAGGUUUCCUACAAAUCGUUUUAAUCAACGAAAAGACAACCACCAUCAACCAGGAGGUCUUCCGCACCCUCAGCUUCCCGAAGCUGACCGUCAUCACCGACUAUCUGCUGUUGUUCCGCGUCCCUGGCCUGGAUAGCCUCAGCACGCUCUUCCCCAACUUGAGCGUCAUUCGGGGCCGUAACCUCUUGUAUGGAAACGCUUUGGUGAUCUAUGAGAUGACCAACCUGAAGGACAUUGGCCUCUACAACCUGAUGAACAUCACCCGUGGGACCGUGCAGAUCGAAAAGAACCCAGAGCUCUGUUUCAUUGACUCGGUGGACUGGUCUUUGAUCAUGGACAGCAAUGUUAAUAAUGUUAUAACUGGGAACAAGGAGUCGAAGGAGUGCGAUGAUGUCUGCCCUGGCACAAUGGAGGAUAACCCUACAUGUCAGAGGACAUUGGUCAAAGGCAACAAUGACUACCGCUGCUGGACAUCAAAGCAUUGUCAGAAAGUGUGUCCUCAGCAGUGCAAGUUGGCCUGUAUGGACAACGGGGAGUGUUGCCACAGUCAGUGCUUGGGGGGCUGCUCCGAACCCAACAACGACAUGGCCUGCUCGGCGUGCAUCCACUACAAACACGAGGGUCGCUGCGUGUCGGACUGUCCUGAAGGCACCUUCAUGUUCGAGGGCUGGCGCUGCAUCACCAAGAGGGAGUGCUCUGAAGUGCACCUAUCCAACGACAAUCCCUUUGUCAUCCACAACAGAGAAUGCAUGAAUGACUGUCCCUCUGGCUUCACUCGCAGCGAAACUGAUCGCAUGCUGUGCAACGCUUGCAAUGGUCUGUGCGACAAGUUCUGUAGGGCCUCUGUUAUUGAUUCUGUGGAUGCUGCUCAGUCCCUGAAGGAGUGCACCGUCAUCGAAAACAAUCUGGUCAUCAACAUCCGCAACGGAAUUAACAUAGCCUCGGAGCUGGAGACCUUCAUGGGACUGAUCCAGACAGUGAUGGGAUAUGUGAAAAUUCGACACUCUCACUCUCUCAGCUCGUUGUCCUUCCUCAAAAGCCUCCGAUACAUCAACGGGAAGGAACUUAUUGAAGACACAUAUUCGUUCUCCGCCGUCAACAACCAGAAUCUGCAGUCCUUGUGGAAUUGGACCCAGCACAACCUGACUAUUCAGGCAGGGCGUAUCUUCUUCCGUGGAAACCCGAAGCUCUGCGAGUCUGAGUUUCACGCCAUGUGGGAAAAAACGGGCAUAACUGUAAAGCCAGAAGAGGGUGAUUUCCGUUACAACGGUGAAAGAGCCAGCUGUGAAAGUCACACCUUGAAGUUCAAGUCCAACAUUACAACAAGCAACACAAUCACGCUGACAUGGGAACGCUACCAAGUCUCUGACCGUGGAGAUCUCUUAAGCUUCAUAGUCUACUACAAGGAGUCACCUUCCCAGAAUAUCACAGAGUUUAAUGGGCAGGAUGGCUGUGGCUCCAAUAGCUGGCACAUGGUGGACGUGGACCUUCCACAGGACAAAAACACAGAUCCCAAAUUUACUCUUCAACAUCUCAAGCCCUGGACCCAGUACGCCAUUUAUGUGAAAGCCACCGCCCUGCAGAUGAAGGACGAACACGUCUCCGGGGCGAAGAGCGACAUCAUUUAUAUCCGCACGCGACCUUCGUUGCCGUCCGUGCCCAAAGACGCCCACGCAUACGCCAACUCUUCAACCAAGUUGCUAGUGAAGUGGUCACCUCCAGUUUUUCCCAACGGCAAUCACAUUUACUACCUGGUGCGCUGGCAGCGGCAGCAUGAAGACCGGGAGCUCUUCAAGUAUAAUUACUGCUCCAAAGGGCUGAAGUUACCGAUCCGGAGCCCAUCAUUAGAGCCCACAGAGGGGAAAGAUCACCUAACCCCCCCCAAAAUUACCCGGCCUGGGGAUAAAAUGGAACAGUGCUGUCCUUGCCAGAACACACCCAAAGAGAAGAAUAAGGACAAGCAUGACCCCUACUUUUUAAAAGCUUUUGAGAACUUCCUCCAUAAUGUCAUCUUUCUUCCAAGACCUCCAGAUCGUCGUCGCAGAGACCUUUUUGGUCUUGCUAACCACACUCAGCUUCACGACAGCAGUCAGGGCAAUACAACGCUUGGCUCAGGGGAUAAUAGCACAUAUGUCAUCCCUCCUGUCAUUGAGUAUCCCUUCCUCAAUGACAGAACCUCAGCAGGAUCUUUAGAAAUCUCUGGCCUGCAGCCUUUCACAUUGUACCUUAUUGAAAUCCACGCCUGCAACGAGGACCUGGGCUACAACUGCAGCAUCGGAGCUUUUGUUUUUUCUAGGACUAAACCUGCCGCCAAAGCAGAUGACAUCCCUGGGAAGGUUGUCUAUGAAAUUUGUGACAAGACCGAGGGGUGUGUGGUGCUGCACUGGUCAAAGCCUGCCAUGCCUAACGGACUUAUUCUGAUGUAUGAGAUCAAGUACCGUCUGGGGAAUGAGCCUGAGAAGCAUAAAUGUGUGUCGCAUCAGCAGUACCACAAAUUCAACGGAGUUCGCUUGACGAUCCUGAGCUCCGGGAACUACUCUGCUCAAGUGAGGGCCACGUCUCUGGCAGGAAACGGCUCAUGGACAGAGAGCAUCUUCUUCUACGUGCCUCCGCCUAAACGAGAUGAUUUUGCGACUCUCUACUUGGUCAUCAUCCUGCCCAUUAUAGCGACUCUCGUAAUCGCAAGCCUCACCACCAUUCUCUUCAUCAUCAACAAAAAGAGAAACAACAACAGACUUGGGAAUGGAGUCCUUUAUGCAUCUGUCAACCCAGAGUACAUCAGUGCGGCUGAAAUGUACACUCCGGAUGAGUGGGAGGUGGCCAGGGAAAAGAUCACCAUGCACAAGGAGCUGGGGCAGGGCUCCUUCGGCAUGGUGUACGAAGGCACAGCCAAAGGCGUCAUCAAGGAUGAACCUGAGACAAGGGUGGCGAUCAAGACGGUGAACGAGUCAGCCAGCAUGAGGGAGCGGAUAGAGUUUCUGAACGAGGCGUCCGUGAUGAAAGAGUUCAACUGUCAUCAUGUGGUGCGGCUGCUGGGUGUGGUCUCUCAGGGACAACCAACCUUGGUUAUCAUGGAGCUGAUGACCCGCGGAGAUCUCAAGAGCCACCUCCGUUCUCUUCGUAACGAAAACACCACCUCUCAGGUCUUGCCCCCGCUGAAAAAGAUGAUCCAGAUGACGGGGGAGAUUGCAGACGGCAUGGCUUACCUGAACGCCAACAAGUUUGUCCACAGAGACCUGGCUGCCAGGAACUGCAUGGUAACGGAGGACUUCACGGUGAAGAUAGGAGAUUUUGGCAUGACCAGAGAUAUUUAUGAGACGGAUUACUAUCGGAAAGGAGGAAAGGGCCUGCUGCCAGUUCGGUGGAUGUCUCCAGAGUCACUGAAAGAUGGCGUCUUCACAACAAUGUCUGAUGUCUGGUCAUUUGGUGUUGUGCUGUGGGAGAUCGCCACCUUGGCUGAACAGCCUUACCAGGGCAUGUCCAACGAACAAGUGCUGCGCUUUGUCAUGGAAGGGGGACUCCUGGACAAACCCGACAACUGCCCGGACAUGCUGUUUGAGCUGAUGAGGAUGUGCUGGCAGUACAACCCCAAGAUGCGUCCGUCCUUCCUGGAGAUCAUCAGCAGCAUCAAAGGGGAUCUGGAUCCCCACUUCCAGGAGGUGAGCUUCUUCUACAGUGAGGAGAACAAGCCGCCGGACAUGGAGGAGCUCGACAUGGAGGUGGAGAACAUGGAGAACAUUCCACUGGACCCUGUGUCUACCAGGCAACCAUCAGCUGCUGGCGUUCCCCCGACUGGGUGCAUGGGAAGCAGGUCACCUCCUUCCUCGCAGCAGUUGUCCCCCUUGCAAGGCCCAAGUACUCCCUUACUAGGAUCUGUGUCCCAUUCGCCACCCGGGCCUCUGUCCUCGGCCAUGACGUCUUCGGGACAGGGCUCGGACAAGCACUCAGGACAUGCUUUGGCCAACGGGCCUGUGGUGGUCCUGCGGCCCAACUUUGACGAGUUGGAGCCGUACGCACACAUGAAUGGAGGCAGAAAGAACGAGCGGGCGUUACCGCUGCCCCAGUCGUCGGCCUGCUGAUAUCAGUCCAGCAUCUCCUCUUCCUCUCGCACAGGGUAACUAAAACCUCUCAGUCUCUUCAGGAGAGUUGGGGCGAGGUAAGAAAAUUACUUUGUUUCUACUGUGUUGCCAGUCUCUCCACUCCAUUUAAGUUGUGCAACGACCAGAGAACACAAACUCUGAAAACGGUAAGACAGCACAGAAACCUGCUGAGGCACGUGGAGUUUGGUGGCUCAGACACAUUGGGGGGCUCCUUCCUGUGCGGCCUACAUUGUUACAUACAAGCCCUUCGAGGAGGAAAACAACAUAAGGAUGUAUAUUGGCACACAGACUUCUACAUGAACUCAAGAAAAAUAAAUCUUUUUAGCAUAUCUGCCAGCAAAACCAACAGAAGAGCACUUUUGUCCUGAGGAUUUCAGAGAGGAUGUGAUGAAUAUAUUGAGCGUCUAUUUAUAGAAUCCCAUCAUUCUCUCUACAUUACGGUAAAGCUCCUCCUUUUUGUGAGCCAGCCGGGUUCAUGUUGUGUGGCAACAUCUCCUUUAAAAAUAAGACUCUUAAAUAUUAUUAUUUUCUACGUGAUCCUGUCAGGUGUGGGUUAAAUUGGUAGGCCUGUUUUGUAUCUGCCAAACUUUUGCCAAAUCAAACUUUUCCUUCAGUCUCCUAAGGGUGUCCUCUUUUUUGUUCAAGACUGUGAUUCGGAGUUAAUGAUAAAUCAAAUCCUCCUGUGCAAUAAAGAAAAAAAUAAAUUACUUGCCAUACAACUUAGAAUGUUUUUACUAAAUUUAAAUGCAAGGGUUACCAGAUUAUGCUGGGUCAAAUAACGCAUCAUAAGCAGAAGCCAGCCCAAACACAAUACCAGCUACAAGACUCUACUUAAAAACGUGACUGUCAAGUCAUGAGCAGCCACAACAUUGUGAUUGGAGAAUGCAGACUUUGGAUUUGAUCGCACUAUGUUGUGCUAUUUAUGUUGAUAGCGAUAAAAGUUGAUAAUAAAUAAAUCAUUUUGGCUGUAAAUCUGUUACUGCAUACAGUCAGAUCCUCAAAAGCACACAUUGAUACUAAAACUACAGUACAGUAUUCAUUCCAAUCAAUCCUAUUUUUUAAAAAUAACAACCGCAAUGUAUGCAUUGAAAAACAGUUCAUUAAGCAAACAAUAAAAUUGAUUUUUAGUUCUGAGCAACUGCUACAUAAAAAAUAUUUUAUCCUUCCAUAUUAAUUCAACAAAAAGUAGAUUAAGGUUUUAAAAAUCCAUAUUUGAAGCAUAAAACAUAAGACACGGAGCUGGGUGAGGCAAUGUAAAAAUAUUUCGAUAUAUUUAGGAUUCAUAGCAUUACAUAGCGAGACAUGUAAAGUCAUUCCUUAAUCACUCUAAUUACAUUCAACCUCUGACUUCAGUGACAAACCACAACUCAGAUUUGUCAGGAUAAUAAAAGUUGCAGCUGUCCUCUCACUUAAUCCAGCAUUAGAAAUUACUUUUAACGAGUCUGGCUCCAAAGGUUAAGAUGCUAUUUGGGUCUCAUUUUGACAAGAUUAUAAUUGACUGGGAACUAUUUUUGCAACAAACAUGAUAACUGAUAUUACAGGGAAAAUACAAAUCCCUGUUACCACUGAGAGCUGACAAGAUUGCAACAUUUUUAACUACUAAACAAAAUAUCUGAACAAACUACUGUAUGUACAGCAUGAGAGAGCAAACAUCAGCAAUUUAAAUACAUGGGAAAUAAAUGGAAAAUAUGGGAAAAUUAAUUACAAGUUACUCUGUAGGGUUUAAAAUUAACAAUACAGUACAAUCUGUCUAAAAACUGGUUAUGCAAUCAAUGUUUAGCAUUAUAUUUACACCUGAGACAGGCUAAGAGACGGCAGAAUAUAAAAAGGCUGUUUCAUAAAGGCAUCAAGUUCCUAACACUUUAUCGUUAAUUCUGGUAUUGAGAAAGGUCACGUAAAGCUACUCUCUGUUUGCUGGCUGCCUACUGUUGUAAGUGUUUUAGCUUUGUAGACACUCCCAUCAAGACAUGGUACCUUGACGGAUCUUUGUGCUGCAGCCCUCCACUAGUCUUUCCACUUUUGCAAGAUCAUUAGCCAGAAUGUAGCUUUUAACAAAACAUGAGCAGCUUUUGUGCCAAUGAGCUGAUGGCUCUCUCGUCCAGGAUGACAAAAUGUCAGAGUUGUUUCAAGUGUAUCACUUCUCUAAAAGUCCAUGAUGCAGGACUGUUUUCAUUUGCAAACCAAUUUAUUUGUUAAUUUAGCAUCUGUCACGGAAAACUAAAUUAUUGGGCUAUUGUUUUUACCUCUGUCUGGAUGCUAAAGAGUUUUUUUUUUUUUUUUUUAUGGCCGGGGGAGAUCUGAGUAAGGGAUUUGAUCUGCAUUAGGG